GACCUGGCAGAACAUUGUAGGAAACAAUGCAGCCGCGACGGUAUCCUGUGCGACCUGGAGCUUGGCCUUGAUCCGGCCAACUACGUGUGCGCGGCCACCUGGGCUGUCCUGGUGCACCUGGCUGGUCUCCAGCCCGCGUCGAACAACGCCGAACUUCCCGGAACCAUCGCGCAG